AUGACAGAUGCAGCUGUAGACAGCAGCUCUGAGAUAACCACUAAGGGCUUGAAGGAGAAGAAAGAAGUUGGGGAGGCAUCAGAGAAUGGAAGAGACACACAUGCAAAUGGGAAUGCUAAUAAGGAAAAUGGGGAGCUUUCACCAGAACCGGAGGUAGAUGAAGAAGAGGAAGAAGGUGGAGAGGAGGAGGAAGGAAGUGAUGCUGAGAAAGAGGAUGGAGAUGAAGAUGAGGAAGUUGAGGCUCCUGAGUAG